AUGCUGUUCCACAACCUCUGGAUCAACCUGCAGAGGCCACCCUGCCCCACUGAGAGUCCCAGUGCCUUCUCCUUCCUCAUCCACCUUGGACCAUACCUACAGCAUCCCCGGGGCGACAGAUCCCACCCCUGCGGUGCCUGCCGGCCCGCCCAGCCCCCUGCAGGCCCGGUCCCCGCCCGGUCCCACCGCCCCGGAGCAGACCUGCCGCCCGCCGCCCGCCGCCCGCCGCCUCCAUGCCCGCCGCCCGCCGCUCCACGGCCCCACGGGCAGCGCCCGCUGACCCGCGCACUGCGCCUGCGCGCCGAGCAUGCCGGAACGCGGCAGCAGCCGGCGCUGGCAUACAACUCCCAGCGGGCAGCGCGGUCACGGGUGCGCUCCCGGACGCGAAUAUGGAUACUCCGGAGCGGCUCUGUGUCCCCGGUGAGUGCGGGUGAGGAGACGGGGGCCUGGAGCUGCGGGGUGCCCAGGCCGGGGUGGCCCGGGGGAGGAGUAUGGAGAGGCCGAGGCUGUGGGGAGGGGGUUGCCCCCCCCGGGGCAGCGCUGCCCCGCCGCGUUGGGCUGGCCGGGAGCGGGCAUGGGCGGUGCGGGGCCUGGGCCGCCGGCGCGGGAGGUUCCCUGGCAGUGUGGGCUCGCCCCUUAGGCGAGCGGCUGUGCAGCGCGGAGGAGGCCACGGCUGGCAGCGGGACCUACACCCGGCACGGAUUCAUCUUCUCCUCGCUGGCUGGGUGUGUGGAGAAGACGAGCGAGGAGAACGGGCUGCCCGUUGUGUCUGUGGUGAGAGACAGUGACCCCCAGCUCCUGCCCGACGUAGGAGUCGUGGUGACAUGCAAGGUUUGCAGCAUUAACUCUCGCUUUGCCAAGGUGCACAUCCUGUACAUCGGCUCCACACCACUGAAAUCCAUCUUCCGGGGGACCAUACGGAAAGAAGAUAUUCGAGCCACAGAGAAAGAUAAGGUGGAAGUGUACAAGAGUUUCCGCCCUGGUGACAUAGUCCUGGCCAAAGUCAUCUCGCUGGGGGACUCACAGUCCAACUACCUCCUGACCACAGCAGAGAAUGAGCUGGGUGUGGUGGCAGCACGCAGCGAUGCAGGGAUGCAGAUGGUGCCCAUCAGCUGGUGUGAGAUGCAGUGCCCACGGACACACACCAAGGAAUUCCGUAAGGUGGCCCGCGUGCAGCCUGAGUUCCUGCAGACCUAGCAGCCGCGAGGGGACCUGCGGGAUGAGGGGCUGUAGGGCCAGAGCAGCCCCGGCCCAGGGAGGUGCACCAGCCAGGCCC